AUGCAAGCUUGGUCAAACCAUGCUGGUCAUCCUACCUUGCGUGGUCCCUUUGUCGUCCACAGCAUCUCACCAUCUUGGCAUCUUGGCACCCGAGGAGGGGUUGCUGAGCGCGAUAUUGGUCACGUGAUACCGGGUAGCAGAAACAUCGCAAGCCAGCGUCACCACGAACCUGAACAAGGCAUAUCAAUAGCAACAAGUUUCAACCCUACACCACUUUCCGACUUCCUCAUAAUGUCCAGCACUGCGGCCAUUGAAGAGGAGAAGCAGCAGUAUCAAGAGCAGCUUGAUAUCAUUGUGCAGCAACUACGCGAUGAUCCUGAAAAUGCCGAACUGCUUGCUCUGCAGGAAGAAUUAAACAACUUGAUCGGUCUGCUCAACGAAAACAUUGCUGAGCUUCAACCACAGUCAGCUCUCAAGCCAGACGUCAAGGAGCCGACACCACCGCCGCAACCUGAAAAAUGGUCGCGGGAAAAUCAUCCUGCAUUCAAGAAACCCGCAGCCCCUGUUGCUGAAGAGAAAGAUGAACCUCCCGUCACCUACCACGUCAACGACACAGUCAUGGCCAAGUGGGUAUCGGGCGACAAGAAUUUUUAUCAAGCUAGGAUUACGUCCAUUACCGGCUCAUCGGCCAACCCGAUAUAUACGGUCAAGUUUAAGAGCUAUGACAACUCAGAGACGCUGAGAUCGAGGGAUCUGAAGCCUGUGUCGAACAAGAGAAAGGUUGAUGACGCGCCACCCACACCAACCGGUCCCGGUGUUGUAUCCUCUGCGGGGGCCACAAUGUAUGACGGAACCCAGAAGGAGGCCCAGCAAGGCGAGGAAGCUACAAAAGCACCCAAGCCCAAGAAAAUCAAGGCCAAAAAGGAGCUCGAGGCGGGCAAGGCCAAAUGGCAGGCCUUCAGCUCCAAAUCCAAGUUUGCCAAAUCCGGCAAAAAAGAGAGCAUGUUUCGGACCCCAGAAGGUAUUCAUGGAAGAGUGGGCUUUACUGGUUCUGGACAAGCUAUGCGCAAAGACCCUGCUCGAUCACGUCACGUUUACCAAGUAAACGAAGACCUAGACUAA